AUGAGGGGUUGUGACGGCCGAAAAUGCUUCAUCCAACGUAGAAACUCGUCUAAGCUAAGACAAGACGACUGCUCAUACCCAUCAGCCAUGUCUACUAUCGAUCACGCUCAAGUACCGCCCGUGGUUGUCGUUGUCCCCGGGUCAUUCGCGCCGGCCAAACUCUACGAUACUUUUACUGCAGUUUUGCGGAAGCAUGGUAUUGAGUCUGAGGUGGUUGACACCCCGUCAGUUGGCAUCCGAGAAGGCCUAGGCCCUCAGUCCAUGAGUGACGAUGUGGCUGAGAUCGUCAAGGUGGUGUCUGAUCUCUUAGAAAAGGGAAAGCAAGUUAUCUUGUUGACGCACUCUUACGGUGGUAUACCCGGAACUCAAAGUCUCCAGCAACUAUCUCGGGUCUCGCGAGAGGCAGCAGGCAAGGCAGGAGGUAUCGACAAGAUCAUCUACUUGACAGCCAUAGUACCUCCGGUUGGCGUGGGCAACUUUGAUUUCUUGGGCACCAAUGUCCCUGAUUUUCUGACAGUUGAUGACGACUACAUGCGCAUUACUCCCGAAGGAACCGCAUCUCUGACGUUUUCGGACUUGCCGCCCGGUCAGGCGUUGGAGGCUGCAAAGCAAAUGUCCGAGCACUCUACGCCAAGCUUCAAAGAGAAGCUGACGUACCCUGGAUAUAACGAUGUCGAGGUCCACUACAUCGUGUGCGAGGAAGACCGGCUGGUUCUACCAGAACACCAACUCGCAAUGGUUGAGUUCCUCAAGGGAUCCACUGGACGGGAUAUUAAUGUGCACAAGCUGCAGAGCGGGCACGCACCUGUUGCCAGCCAGCCUGAAAAUUUGGCAAAGAUCGUGGCAGAAAUUUGUGGAGGAGCUGAAAGCGUUUAG